AUGACUGAACCAGCUACACGUCCAAAAAUUGUCGAGAUGAGUGCAGAAGUGGUGGACUCAAAUCCUUAUUCUCGUCUAAUGGCACUUAAACGAAUGGGAAUUGUUGACAAUUAUGAACGUAUCCGUCAGAAAACAGUUGUAGUUGUUGGUAUUGGAGGUGUUGGUUCUGUUUUUGAUUAUGAUCGUGUUGAAUUGGCUAAUAUGAAUAGAUUAUUUUAUCAGCCACAUCAGAGUGGAUUGAGUAAAGUGGAAGCAGCUCGGGAUACUUUAAUGCAUAUUAAUCCAGAUGUUGAAUUUGAAGUUCAUAAUAUGAAUAUAACAACAGUUGCUAAUUUUGAUAUUUUUUGUCAAAGAAUAAGGGAAGGUGGAUUGACUAAAAAAUCUGUAGAUAUUUUACUUUGUUGUGUUGAUAAUUUUGAAGCUAGAAUUGCUGCAUGUAAUGAAAUUGGUCAAAUCUGGAUUGAAUCUGGAGUUAGUGAAAAUGCGGUAUCUGGACAUAUACAAUUUAUGGAACCUGGAAAAUCUGCAUGUUUUGUGUGUCUUCCUCCAUUAAUUGUGGCUUCAAAUAUUGAUGAAAAAAUUCUCAAAUAAGAUGGUGUAUGUGCUGCAAGUAUAUAAAUUUGGUACUAUGCGUUUAUAUCCCCACAAUUCCGCAAAUGUUUGUCCGCACUUUUUUUUAUUCUUUCUCCUCAAAAAGGAUGAGAAACGGUCAAGUUAACCACCAUUUUUUCUUCUCCUUCUUUCUUUUCUCACAACGAUUAAAAUGUU